AUGUACACCUCCUCCAUCGUCGCGGUCUUCUCGACUGUACUACUCGCCUUUACCAACGCCCAGUCCACCACUGAGCCCAUCACUGGCAUUCGCGGGAAUGCGACCGUUGUUGAGAACAACCCAGUCGGAGUGAUCUACACAGCUACCCUUCCCGAGAAGCCAUUCUUCAAUCCAACAAACCCAAAGGGCAACGUUAAAGGAUCCAUCUCUGCUGCCGCAAAUCCCAAUGGCAUUGGCGUGAAGUUUGCGGUCAAGUUUGAGAAUUUACCAACCACAGGGGGUCCAUUCCUCUACCACAUUCACGAUGCUCCUGUCCCCGCUGAUGGAAACUGCUCCAAGACUCUUGCUCAUGCGGACCCUUACAUCCGCGGCGAGGCACCCGCUUGCGACGCACAGCUCCCACAAGCCUGCCAAACCGGUGACCUCUCCGGGAAAUAUGGAAACAUUGCAUCUGACCCCUUCGAAGCUACCUACACUGAUGAUUUCGCAUCUACACUCCCGGGCAUUGGCGCCUUCUUCGGCAACCGCUCAUUCGUCAUUCACUUCGCCAACAAGACGCGUAUCACAUGCGCCAAUUUCACGCUCGUCGGCUCGAACGACACAGCAACUGUGCCUCCAUACCCAACCACCAUGCCCACGACUCUUCCAAGCACUGUUCCCUCGACAAGUGCCACACCAACCUCGUCUGGUCCACCAGUCGAGUUCACCGGAGGUGCCAAUGCAGGUGCCGCAUCUAUGCUGUCUCUGACAGCUGUCUUCGGACUCUUUUUCAUGUUGUAA